CAGACCGCUGCGGGCCGCCGGGCGCCCGGCAUGUCCCUUGAGUGCGCACAGGCGGCGGGCGCCGGCCCCCUGCGCGGCCUGGAGCGAGCCAACCGCACCCGCUUCCCCUUCUUCUCCGACGUCAAGGGCGACCACCGGCUGGGGGCACCCGCGGCCUGCGCCGCGCUGCCCCUCUGCGUCUUCUUCCAGGUGGUCCCGCAGCGGCUCCCGGGCGCCGACAAGGAGAUUCUGAUUUGUACCCUGAUGUGGCCCAGCAUUGCCGGAGAGAUCUCCUGGGAUGUGUCUUUUGUUACUUUGAACUUCUUGGUGCCAGGACUGGUUAUUGUGGUCAGUUACUCCAAAAUUUUACAGAUCACCAAGGCAUCGAGGAAGAGGCUCACGGUGAGCCUGGCCUACUCGGAGAGCCAUCAGCUCCGCGUAUCCCAGCAGGACUUCCGGCUGUUCCGCACCCUCUUCCUGCUUAUGGUCUCCUUCUUCAUCAUGUGGAGUCCCAUCAUCAUCACCAUCCUCCUCAUCUUGAUCCAGAACUUCAAGCAAGACUUGGUCCUCUGGCCAUCCCUCUUCUUCUGGGUGGUGGCGUUCACGUUUGCCAAUUCGGCCCUCAACCCCAUCCUCUACAACAUGUCGUUGUUUAGGAAUGAGUGGAGGAAGAUUUUCUGCUGCUGCUUGUUCCCUGAAAAGGGAGCCAUUUUUACAGACACGUCUGUCAGAAGAAAUGACUUGUCUAUUAUCUCCAGCUAAUUCGUUUUUCUCAACAGGCAGAGUUCCUUGCUACGGUGAGCCGUGGUACGUUCUUAAUGGGGGUGCAUUUCCAGGACCACUCGUUAGCGUACCUUGCUUUCAGAAAAUGGGACCCGGGCCCAGCCUGGUGGCACAGCUGAUAGCAAACUGAAGUGCAGUGCUGGAAGCCACAUGGCUGGCUGUGGGUUGGGAUCCCAGGGUCAGCCUGAGAACAGGCCUGGAUUGUGUGAGCACUCAAGAUCCUGAUGAGCUGGAGGGCUGAAGAAGGGGAAGCCCAGCACGAUGAGACCCUUUGGAGAUGUUUCUCUCUCUUCCUUUCUCUUUCUUGUGUGGGUACACACAUACGCUAUAUCAUAAAAUAAACCCACCUUAUUAAAAGGAAAUGCAACCUAUGCAAAUACUUAUCUGUAGCACCAGCAAACAAGGGAUGAUCAUUUAGUUUAACAAUAUUUUUCCUUUAUGGAAGGAUUUCUUGUGGGUUCCUUUAAAUGCGAACUUUCUCAGUGUGUUUGUAAGAUGAUUAAAUGUAAUACAUUUUUAUUUAUAACUGCUCCAUAAUUACAUCUCCUGCAUUGAAGGCCACUCCUUACUGGUUUGCAAAGUGGGUCUUGGAAGUGAUUCAGGACCCAGACUUCUCUGAAGGGUCACAGCCACCAGGCCCCUGGCUU